AUGCUCUUAUCUAGUAAAACUGUCCGUGAAAAACCCGUGCAGAUUCGACCAUGGCGUUUGACAGAUAUGGACUAUAUGCCUCGACCUUCAAGUUUUUUGGAUCCUCGUCGCACGAUUUUUAUUGGCGGAGUGCCACGACCAACAAAAGCUAGUGAAUUAGCUUUUGUUCUUGAAAGUCAUUAUGGCUCAGUUUGCUAUGCAGGCAUCGAUGUGGACCCAGAAAUGAAAUAUCCUAAAGGAGCUGCCAGAGUUACCUUCAAUACUUUUAAAUCUUAUGUUGCUGCGAUGGCUGGUCGUUUUGUUAAUAUUCCACAUUCGGAUAGUACUAAACGAGUUUGUUGA